AUGGACAUUGACGUCUCUAAUCUGUUUGACGAUAUGUUCAACAGUACGACAAGCUAUUCUCCUACCUUUCUCCAGUAUCCCUCGCUCGUAUCUCAAGUGUACCACCAGCAUGCACGGGAGCUCGGCCGAUGGUUGAUAAACGACGGGUAUGACUUCGUCCCUAAUUCAGUCCAAGAUGCGAGUUUUGAGGAAGCCGUAAAGAGCAUGAAUACUUCGCCGGAACCGGUAGUACUCGUUGAAAUAUCCCAAGAAGAAAUGUUCACGUUCACGAAAGCGGCCCAGUCGGGUAACAGUGACGAAUCCAAGUUGAAGGUCCAGAUUAUUGUUACCUCGACAACUCCCAUGGAGUGCAUCCUAGAGUUUAAUUCAAAACUCACCUUCUGGGCCAGCCUGUGUCAUGAACUUCGUCUCUAUAACACUGCAUAUUCGCUCUAUCCGUAUGCUACUUUUGAGCGGCGUGAGUCGCUCGCAAUCAGCUAUGACAGUAAGAGCAGCAGUAAGACAAGAGCACUUGGCAAGUACGCCAGACGAGGGUGGAAGAUUAUUGCCCUUACGCCCCUUAUUGUAUCUCGGGUCGCCGGAGAGAUCAGCCUUCCUCGAGAAUUUUUCCCUGGGGUUCCCAGAUGGGUAGUCGACAAUAAGAGCUGGGUUGUGCAUCUGGAUACAACUGGGGUUGUUCCGCCUCGUGCGCUCUCACCAUCUUCUACUGCACUGACUUGGGAUCCUGCGGCUGAAAAUAGCUGGAUUAUGAUGCCAUAUAAGGACGGGGUUACACUCAAAACAUUUUAUAUGUCGCACCAAAUAGCGAAGACGACCAUUCUGAAGUCUCGCUACGCCGUGGCUGACGACAGCUACCUAGGUUAUUUGAGGGAUUUCUUCCGAGUGCAAGGUGAACUGGAGUACUUCAAGUUGCCUCCUGACGAAGAUAGGUUCAAGUCUGAUGCAUGGACAUGCAUGGCGGACAUAGUGAAUGGUAAAUGCUUCGCGCAGGAAGCACCAGCUGAGCCUCCGCUCAUUCAACAUGGCAACAUAGUCUUGCAAGCUCAUGAUAUUGGUUGGAUCAUCACCGGUUGCUUCACCCUUCUUGCGUUGAUUGGUUCUUUCUGGCUGAUUAACAAACAUUUGUUGUGGUACACAAAUAAAGUGGAACAACGAUAUAUCGUGCGGAUAUUGUUCAUGGUUCCUAUAUAUGCAGUAAUCACCUUUACUUCCUAUCUUUUCUGGAAUCACUCGAUUGCGCUCCUCCUCAUACGCGACUGCUACGAAGCCAUCGUCUUAACGUCAUUUUUCUACUUGAUUCUGAAUUAUCUCUCCCAUGACCCGCUGGAGCAGAAGGACAUUUUUCGCAAGGAAAGACUAUCGCGUGAAAAUGACCGCGAAGCAAGGAGACAAGGGCGCACGCCGACUCGAUGGGUGUUUCCACUUCAGUUCAUUCGGUGGAAGCCCGAAGAUGGUCUGCACUUUUUGCAACUCAUGAAAUGGGGCGUAUUGCAGUAUUGCGUUGUUAGACCGAUUACCACGCUUGCAGCCGUGAUCCUCAAUUACAUAGGCCUGUACUGCGAUGAUUCUUGGAGUCCUGGAUGGGGACACCUCUACAUCACCGUGAUUAUGUCGAUAUCUGUGACCAUAGCGAUGUACUGUCUCCUUCAACUUUACGUCCCCAUUUCUGGUCAUCUGGCGCCUCAUAAGCCAUUGCUUAAGCUCUUUGCGGUCAAAGCUGUUGUAUUUCUCACAUUCUGGCAAGAGACAUUUGUAUCGCUCUUGGAGGAUUUCGGUGUAAUCAAGGAUACCCAAUACAUGACCGCUGAUAACAUCGCCACCGGCAUCAGCGCAAUCUUAGAGACUUUCGAGAUGACCCUGUUCGCACUCCUCCACAUGCGCGCGUACACUUAUAAGGUUUAUUACACUCCUCCCAAUUGCACAGUGCGCUGGCGCUCCCUGCUUCAUGCCAUGAACUUCAACGAGACUUUUCGCGAGCUGUGGACGGGCACUGUCUACAUGAUCCACAGGAUGCGGAAUCGCGAGACGGAUGCGCUCUCACGAAGAGAGGCGGUGAUGGAGGAUGUGUUUGGAAAGUCGAGAAUUGACAUGCGCAAUCGUGUGCAUCCACGUAGCGAGAAAUCGCCAUUUCAUGACCAGACGCCCCUGCCCGUCGAGGCAGACGAGAUUGUUCAUAUCGAUGUUGAGCGGCAGUGGCUGGGUAUUGGCGAUGAUUACGGUUAUGGCCUGGGUGAGUACUCUAGAAGCAGGAAGGAACGAAGCGAUCCUCUCGAAGAUCAGAUCGAAAGAGAGCUGCUUGUCAGAGGACACAAGCGAUCGCAAUCCAGAGAUCACGGUGCUAAAUACUCUUACCUUCACCCUGAUUCACCUGAUAAUGCGACCCCCAUACAUCAUCGCCAUCCAUCCUGGUGGCAAAGUAUGUUCCCGUCUAACGAGGAGGGGCAUUCCCACCAAGACCGCCCUUGGAGACGAUCCAGAACAGAUCCAACCUUGGCCCAUUAUACUUAUGAUGACCCGCCUCCACCUUCUGCCAUACGGACCUAUCGUAGUAGUCAGAAGAACUUGGUGGCCGAUGCAGUUAAGGUGGCUUCAGUGGAUCUCUUACCUGCAUCGCGCUGCACUCCCCUUUUAUCACACCAAACUCAAUCAAUUCUUACUGACAAGAGGCAAGAGCGACCACUCCCAGCUCCGCCAGCUUUAUCUCCUACAUCGCUAUCUCCUAUCGAUUCAACUUCAGAUGUUACCUCGCGAAACUCGGACAGUUUCCUUCACCGAGCCUUUGUUGGCCUCCCGGAUUCUUCAAGCUCUGCAGAAGUGACUAUUUCUACUCCCCCGUCAUCUCAGUCCCAUCGCACGCGAGUACGCCUAAUUGGAGAGCCUCAAAUCUUGAUUCAAGAAAUUAGUUCUGCACGACGUCCUAUUCUCAUCCGCUCCUUAGCUCCCACUGGGACCCCAGUUGCAACCGCGAGCAAUCGUGCUACCUUGACCACGCUCCCAGAGUCGCCGUCACAACGACACGGUCGGCCGGCCGGUGACCAGCACCCUGUCCCCCCAGCUCCCCGCACAGCUUCCAGUCCUAGAAAAUCAAGCCAUCAGCGGCCCCAUUUCCGGCCAAGAUUUACGCCUUCUAGGGAUCAAAUCGUCCUUCCUACUCCACUUUCCUCAGCACUGAACGGCCGGGCUCAGACUAACACAUCUGCGCCAUCAGCUGUAGAGCCGAGGAUACUUCCUCUCGACUCCUCACCUGCUCCCGCUCAACCACCUCAGUCUCAUGUACUCGAUCUGCCCCUCAACGUGAUUUUUCCUCCUCCGAGUCGCAGCGUGUCACAAGAUCCUUCAAGGCAUCUGCAUUUGUAA